UUAUUUCGAGUCGCACCAUUCGACCUCUUUUCUCGUCUGGUCUUCAUAAAUAUAUGCGGCUCCCUAUCGCCCAGCUCCUUUCCCGUGCCAUACGUUCCACUCGCGCCAUGUCGUCUCCCGCCAUCGAAGCCUCUCGCGCCAUCCUGUCCACCAUCGACCUCUCGAAAUAUGACCCCGAGCAGUCAAGGCUGAUGGACGAGCGGUGUAUCCUGGUCGAUGAGCAGGACAGGCCGCUGGGGGCUGCAGACAAGAAGACCUGCCAUCUCAUGGAGAAUAUUAACAAGGGCCUCCUCCACCGCGCCUUCUCCGCGUUCGUCUUCCGGCCGGAGGACGGCAAGCUGCUCCUGCAGCAGCGCGCCACGGAGAAGAUCACGUUCCCGGACAUGUGGACCAACACUUGCUGCUCGCACCCGCUGGAUGACUUUGAGGAGGAGAAGGUCGAGAAGGACCAGCUGGGCGUCAAGGUCGCGGCCAGGCGGAAGUUGGAGCACGAGCUGGGGAUUCCUCGGGAACAGACCCCGAUCGACAAAUUCCAAUAUCUGACCCGCAUCCACUACCUGGCGCCAUCAAAUGGGGUUUGGGGCGAGCAUGAAGUCGACUAUAUCUUAUUCCUGACCGCUAAUGUCACGGUAAGUCCCAAUCUUAACGAGAUUCGGGACUUCAAGUACGUGGACAAGGCGGAGCUGCAGUCCAUGUUUGACGACCCGGCGAACUCGUUCACGCCCUGGUUCAAGCUUAUUGCGAGAGACUUCCUGUUUGGCUGGUGGGACGAGCUGCUGCGCCGUAAAAGCGCAGGCGGUCUCCUAGAUGCAAAGAGUUUGGAAGGCGUUGCCGACGGUAGCAAGGUGGUCAAGAUGGUAUAGACUUAUAUUAGAUGCUUUUCGCUCGUCGCGCAGGAUCUCCGGAAGGUAGUAUUUUUUGUACAUCUACACCCAGUAUAUAUUGCCAUAGGUCUGCCGCCCCCCGGAGACAGG